AAAAGAAAUAUAUCACACUUAAAUUAGUUUAGACAGCAUGACAUCAGAGAGUAAUUAAAUAGGUUUUUGUUGGAAUUCCGCUUCCAAUUCCUGAGUUCAGGUUUGUAAAAGAUUUCUGAGCACCUGCAGGUUUCUGUGUGUGAAAUAUUUUCACUGGAAGGGAUUCAAAACUUUUUAAAAAACCUUUUAAUACAGAGGCAGCAUUACGCCAUUCUUCCUUCUUGGAAAAAAAACCCUCUCCGAUUUAAACAAGAGUCCUUCAAGUUUUUAGUCACUUUUACAGAAGAAAGGGGGGUGGUAAACUUUCUCUUUUCAAGAACAAGCUGCUAGCAGAAACCAGGAGAAGACCAAAUUGACUAAAUUAGCAUUUCCACUAUGGGACUGGAUACAAAUAUUAAACAAGUAGAUUUAAAGUGCUUUAAGCUUAAAAUAAAACGCUUUCUGCUGACUUUGGUUCUUAAUUUUUUUCAUGUUUUCUUAUGCCAAACUGGAGGAACCUUUUCUGAUUUUUUCUUUGGUGGCAUUCAAAGGAAGACCAGAGGAUGAAAAUCCUGCACUUUCUUACUCUACUGCUUUGGCACUUUAGCUGGUUUUACCUCGUUUUCAUUUCCUUAGCACGGAGUCCUGCUGAAGCAAGUCAAGGCAAUCCAGGAUCCAAAUUAGGAUUGUCAAACAUAGAUGGAAAAGAGAGAAACCCCUUGCCAAGGGCAGGUACAUUUAGAACGGGGAACCAUGGAUAUAGUGCUGGGAAUUCAAAGUCUAGGGCAAAAAAUAAUAAUGCGCAAGCCGGACUUCUCUUGGCAAAGACUGAUGACUCAAAGAAGACUCUCUCUAAAGCAGGGAGCACAGACAAAAAGGUAGGAGUUCAAUCUUCAAACAGACAAUCGGGAAUAAGGACAGUGACCCCGAAGCUACAGAACUUUGGCCCCAAGGCCCCACUGAAGAAAACUGGCACCAGCAAUUCAGAUGCCAGCUCCUUCAAAACCAAAAAGACUAAAGAAGCUAUUGCCCAAAGGGAAUCUAAGGAGGCGUUCAGGCAUCCUGCGAUCACCCCACAUGAAUACAUGCUCUCCCUGUACAGGACUCUCUCUGAUGCAGAACGGAAAGGUGUUAAUGGAAGCGUAAAACUGGAGACUGGGCUUGCCAAUACAAUUACAAGCUUCAUAGACAAGGGGCAAGAUGACCGUGCUCCAGCUGUUAAAAAGCAGAAAUACAUUUUUGAUAUCAGUGCAUUAGAAAAAGAUGGCUUACUGGGGGCAGAACUGCGUAUUUUAAGGAAAAAACCUUCUGACAACUGGAAGCCUACUUCUCAUGGGAAAACAUGUCAAAUGAAACUAUUCAGUUGCUCCAUAAGCAGGCAAGCAUCCAUCCUCUUGGACUCUCGGACAGUCAACAUCUUAGAUACCGCAAAAUGGGAAGUCUUUGACAUUUGGAAGCUUUUUAGGAAUUUUAAAAACUCUGCUAACUUGUGUUUUGAACUGGAGGCUUUUGAAAGGGGAAGGCCUGUUGAUUUAAGGACUGUGGGAUUUAACAGAACAGGGAGGCAAGUCAAUGAAAAAGCUCUCUUCUUAGUAUUUGGUAGGACAAAGAAAAGAGACUUGUUCUUCAAUGAAAUAAAAGCCAGAUCUGGCCAGGAUGACAAAACUGUUUAUGAAUACCUAUUCAAUCAGAGAAGAAAGAGACGGGCUCCUCUAGCAACUCGGCAAGGAAAGAGGCCCAACAAGAAUCUGAAGACAAGAUGCAGCAAAAAAGCACUUCAUGUGAAUUUUAAGGAUAUGGGCUGGGAUGACUGGAUAAUAGCCCCUCUUGAGUAUGAAGCUUAUCAUUGUGAAGGACUUUGCGAAUUUCCUCUUCGGUCCCAUCUGGAACCCACCAAUCAUGCUGUUAUCCAAACAUUAAUGAACUCUAUGGACCCAGAGUCAACACCUCCAACUUGUUGUGUUCCGACAAGACUGAGUCCUAUUAGCAUCCUGUUUAUUGACUCUGCUAAUAAUGUAGUCUACAAACAAUAUGAAGACAUGGUAGUGGAGUCCUGCGGCUGCAGGUAGCAGCAGCGCAAUCUCUCACAGUACUAACUGCAAAGCCUUUCCUAGCAGUUGACAAAAAUGAACUGACACAGAUCAGCUCUGUGAUAUCACUCAGAGUGGUCGAUAAACGUUGUGGCAUCUGUCACAAGCAAUGCAUUGGUUGGCAAUUAACACAAGCCUAUUUUACUCUGCUGCCUCUUAGUUGCAGCACCCUAACCUCUACAAGCUACUACCAAAGCUCAGUGGCAUGGGGGACUGUGUAAUAUUGGAUACCCUAUGGUGGCUGAAAUUCUGUUUGUGGUGCUACAUUGUUCAGUUGUUCCCUGCCAUACAUCAACCACGCCUCCAUCAUGCUUCUUGUCUGUCCUGUUCAACACUAAUUAGCAAUUGUAUGCAAUGCUGUUGUGCCACAUUUGGAGAGGCUCACAGCUGCCAACACAGCAGCUUGAAAUAUGCUGAAGUAGCCAUUAAAACCUUGGAUCAGCUCAUGGUGCCAAGCCAUAGACAACGUUGUUGCAUCAGUGCAGCAUCUGUUGCACUGCACCUUAAAUGUUUGUACUAGUGACACAACUCAUAGGACCAGGCUGUAUGUUUUCUAAUAGCUAGAAUAGAUUUAUAGAAGAAGUGACACGAAAAAUCUACUGAAAUGUAAUUGUUUUUGUAUCUACCUUUUGGACUCAUUCCAACACUAAUUUAUUACUUCCAGACUCUGUUCUAGACCAAGACAUUUUGCUCUCUGGAGCAGAGUGCCAAAUGGUGCUCCAGAUAUUAGAGCCAACACUUCUGAAAGUCAGUUCCUGCCUUCAUCUAUCCACCUAAAUUCCUCUACCUGAAGCAGCUUGAUUCACUUUGACAUACAGUAGGGCAGCCUAGAGUUGCACAGAUUCACCCAGAGUAACAACUUUCCUAUGAAAACCUUCUUCAAAGGACAUUUAAUUUUCACAUGAUACAGAUUUUUGAAUUUCUAAGGACACUGGCAAAUUCAGUGCAAGUUGCUUCUGUACAUAUUCGUUUUCUCCUUUUGGCACUGAACAAUAAUAAUCCAUCUUUGCAGGAUUAAUCCUCUGUUUUCAUCAUCAUAUAUAUAACUUUCAUAUGUGCUUUAGGAUAUCUCUACAAAACAGCGGACAAGAUUCACAUAACGAACCCCAUUAGCCGCAUUUGUGGAAUGGAGCAUUGCCUCAUCUCCUACUCCCAUGAUCCAAAAAACUGACUGGGGAAGGGGGUGUCAGAAGAACCCCCAGAACAGCACAUGGAGAAAGGGGGAGGGGUAUCAUUCCAUCUGGUAGCCAGAAGGCUUGUACAGAUGGAAUGACUGGAAGAGCAUGUUUAAUUCUACCCACAGUGUUUAAACUAACUAGUUUAACACAAAUAGUUAUGAGCAACAUUUCAUAAUUCUUAAAACUGUAUAUUUACCAAUAAAUAAAUAAAUGUUGAAUUUGUUUUAAAUUGUACGCAUUAUACAUGGAUUUAGAGAACUGCAGACAAACCUAUUUCUUUCAAUGUAUAUUUUAUUUCAGCUUCAUAUCUUUAUUAAAUAUCCAUCUUUUUCAUGUUAACGUUCAAACUGUUGUAUUAUUCUGCUUCUAAUCACGCUGUUCUCUAUUGCUCGUAGUAAAAUAACAGCUUAAGAUGUACUAAAUUAUUGACAGUGUU